CAACUUGACAGGUUGACAAUCUCAUUCAUCCUGGCAUGAGAAGACAGUAACACUCAUCCCAUCGACAUGAGUCAACAGGGUUAUGUUGCUGCACCCCCAUACUCCCAGGCCCAGCCAGGGAUGGGGGGCUACCAAGGUGGAUUUGGAGCUGGUCCCACACAGCCCCUCUAUGGACACUAUGGGGGACAGCCUCAGGCAUUCACAGCUCCACCCACAGGUAUGAUGAAAUCUCCAGUCUCAUCUGCUGCUGGAAUGCCUCCACCUCCAGUGUCCAGUCAGUACAAUCCAAAUAUCCAGCAGAAUGGUGCACACCCACAAAGAUAUCCUGCUCCACCAGCUGCUUCCUCUGCAUAUGGACAACCUCAACAGUCCCCAUACAACAGCAUGCCUCCAGCGCAGCAGCUCACCAAUCAGAUGAGUUCUAUGAACUUGGGCAACUAUGCCCCAGGUCCCAUGCAGAGCCCGCCCCCUCCAACAAGCUCUGUAGUUCAGCAGCCUUUCCAAACAGGCCCUCCUCCAACAAUGGGCCAGCAACAGAUGCCUCCAGGCCCGCAGACACCCCUCAUGCACCCCCAAUUGUCUCCUCCACAGCCAUCCCCAACAAGCAUGGCAAUGGGAGGUCCACCAAUGACAGGCCCUCCAAUGACAGGUCCACCGAUGGCAGGCAUGGGAAGACCCUUCCCUGGGUCACCUCCUCCAGGACCUGGAGGUUUCCAGCAAUCUGGUCCUGGAGCUGCUGGUCCGCUAGGAUACCAGCAGCAAGCAGGUCCAUUUGGAGGACCAAUGGCAGGGCCCCAGCCGGGCAUGCCAGGGGGCUUCCCUGGAGCACCAGGUGGACUGGCUGGACCACCACAGAAGAAACUGGAUGCUGAUUCUAUCCCCAGCAUUACUCAAGUCAUUGAGGAAGACCAAAGAAAUCAAGGGGGGAAGGUCUACAGCACAAACAUCAGGGGACAGGUUCCACCUCUGGUCACCACAGACUUCUCAGUACAGGACCAAGGCAACACCAGUCCCAGAUUCAUGCGCUGCACCACCAACACCCUACCUUGCACUGCCGAUCUGGCCAAACAGUGCCAAGUGCCCCUGGCUACCAUAAUCAAACCCUUUGCCAGUUUGCCUAAGGAUGAGACCCCUCUAUAUAUCGUUAACCAUGGCGAGACGGGGCCCAUCCGCUGCAAUCGAUGCAAGGCCUACAUGUGUCCCUACAUGCAGUUUAUCGACGGAGGUCGUCGCUACCAGUGUGGUUUCUGCAGCUGUGUCAACGAAGUGCCAGUCUUCUAUUUCCAACAUCUGGACCACAUGGGCAGGAGGGUGGACUUCUAUGAAAGGCCUGAGCUUUCUCUGGGGUCCUAUGAGUUCGCAGCCACCCUGGAGUACUGCAAGAACAACAAGCCUUCCAACCCUCCUGCCUACAUCUUUAUGAUCGACGUGUCUUACAACAACAUUAAGAGCGGACUGGUCAAACUGAUCUGUGAGGAGCUGAAGACUCUACUGGAGAAUCUGCCCAGAGAGGAAGGUGUGGAGAGCUCUGCCAUCAAGGUUGGCUUUGUCACCUACAACAAAGUCCUCCACUUCUACAACGUGAAAAGUGCUCUGGCCCAGCCGCAGAUGAUGGUGGUGUCAGACACGGCUGAGAUGUUUGUGCCGCUGCUCGACGGCUUCCUCGUCAACUACGAGGAAUCGAGGGCUGUUAUCUUCAAUCUGCUGGACCAGAUCCCUGACAUGUUUGCUGACACCAACGAGAGCGAAACGGUCUUUGCCCCUGUCAUCCAGGCCGGAGUGGAGGCAUUUAAGGCAGCAGAAUGUAGCGGAAAGCUCUUCAUCUUCCAGUCCUCCAUUCCCACGGCUGAGGCUCCUGGCAAACUGAAGAACAGGGAUGACAAAAAGCUGGUCAACACUGAGAAAGAGAAGACCCUUUUCCAGCCUCAGAAAGGAGUGUAUGAGCAGCUGUCAAAGGACUGUGUGGCUCAGGGCUGCUGUGUGGACCUCUUCCUCUUCCCCAGCCAGUACGUAGACUUGGCAACUAUGGGGGAUGUGCCGUCACAUACUGGAGGCUCCAUCUACAAGUACAACAACUUCCAGGUGGAGACAGAUGGAGAGCAUUUCCUCAGAGACCUGAGGAAAGAUGUACAGAAGAGCAUCGGAUUUGACGCCAUCAUGCGAGUCCGUACCAGUACAGGCUUCAGAGCCACGGACUUCUUUGGUGCCAUCCACAUGAACAACACCACAGAUGUAGAGAUGGCUGCUGUGGAUUGUGACAAGGCGGUGACUGUAGAGCUGAAGCACGACGACACGCUCAGUGAGGAGACUGGAGCUCUCAUUCAGUGUGCCUUGCUGUACACUACAAUCGGCGGGCAGAGGCGUCUCCGCAUCCACAACGUCAGUCUGAACUGCAGCUCGCAGUUGAUGGAGCUGUACAAGAGCUGCGAGACAGACUCUCUUAUCAACUUCUUUGCCAAAUCAGCUUACCGUGCCAUAUUGAACCAGCCUUUGAAGAAUGUGAGGGAGAUCCUGGUCAACCAGACCGCUCACAUGCUGGCCUGCUACAGGAAAAACUGUGCCAGCCCCUCUGCUGCCAGCCAGCUGAUCCUGCCCAGUUCCAUGAAGGUGUUGCCAGUCUACAUUAACAGCCUUAUGAAAAGUGCUCCUAUGGUCGGCAGCACCGAGCUCUCAACAGACGAGAGAGCCCAUCUAAGGCUGUCGGUCAUGGCCAUGGGAGUGGAGGACACACAGCUGUUGCUCUACCCUCGUCUCACCCCACUGCACAACAUGGACGUCAGCAGUGAGGCUCUCCCUGCCCCAGUGCGCUGUUCAGGUGAAGGUCUGACCGACUCAGGCAUGUUCCUGCUGGAGAACGGACACUCCAUGUUUCUGUGGCUCGGCCAAGCUAGCCCGCCAGACCUCAUCCAGAGCAUCUUUAAUGUUCCCUCCCUCGGCCACCUGCAAGGACACAUGUGUGCGCUGCCAGAGCUGGACAACCCAUUGUCCAAGAAGGUUCGAUCCAUCAUCGACAGUCUGCUUGAAAAGAGGCCGAACUCUAUGAAGCUCCAGAUCGUGAAGCAGCGAGACAAACCGGAGAUGUUUUUCCGGCAGUUCCUGGUGGAGGAUAAGGGUCUGCACGGUGGAGCUUCCUACAUGGACUUCCUUACCUACGUUCACAAAGAGAUCAGGCAGCUGCUAACUUAACCCCUCAGUGCCCUUUGAGAAACCACGGCAUCUCGCAGACCAUGUACGAACUUCACAGGGUCCGUCUCAAACGGCUGGAUGGUCCACUGAAAGCAAACUUUUUAAGUGUUUAUCAAAGACAAAAGAUCAAAAGAGGAACCCAGAAAAAAAAAAACCUGUCGAGAUUUAACCCCCAGAGUACGAAGCUGCCUUUCCUAUGAGCUUUUGUCAUCACACAAUAUUUUCCUCAAAUAACCACUUGUCACAUGAACAGCCUCCCUGGAGAAAUGAGAUGGACAAAACAUGCAAAAACAUUUCAUGCACAGUCUCUCUGUGGUUGACUGUGGAGCUCGGGAUGACAUCAUCGCCUGAGGCUGGAGUGCAUUUAGGCGUAAAGCCUGUUGGCAAGAGCAAUACGACAUAUCUCCACUGUGCAGUCAAUAUCCACUUCACUUUGCAGUUCUAUGUGUUUAUGACAAGGUUUUUGUAGGCAAUACUGUAGAUGUUCACUUGGGAAAAGAGCAAACUCCUAUGAAUACUAAGUUCAAAUGGAGUGUUAGCAACAAACGUCUUAAUCCUUCCUUCAAAAAUAAAUUUUACAGUAUUUAUAAUGCUUACGGCGCCCUGUUUUUAUCUGACUUUUGUGGUCUUAGAAAGAGAAAACGUAUUCAAAUAAACAUCAGAGUAGUGUAUUCACAGUACUAGAUACUUUACAUUUAGUGGAAACAAUGCCGAAAUAAAAUCCAUCCAAAACAUAAUCGACUAAGCAUUCCAUUCACACAUAUCCUUCUUUAAUAAUCUCAUUCUUUGACCAUUUAAAGCAGUUCUUUUCUCUUCACAUUGUGCAGAAACAUUUCAUUAUCUUUCUUUCAGGGUACAAUUAAAAGAACACAGCUGUUGAUGUUAGCAGGAUGAAAACAUUCCCCUCUGCGCAAAACUGGUCAGAACCUCAAAAUGAAAAGGGUGAAUUAGGGAUAACUAUUUACAUUUGUAAUGAGGAACAGGACGGGAGCGCUAAUGAUGCUGGGAGGCAUCAAAGGGAAGACGUUUAAUGUCAAACAUUUCCAGUAGUGGCACACAAAAAACCUAUAAUUAUGCUGCUUCUGUGUAAAACUCAAAAGUUCAGUCUGACUAACAUUCAGUAAAAUGUCGUAACUGUAAUCUGCUAAAUUGUCUGUAAUGAUGACGUGUAACACAUCAUACUUUAUUCAUUGCUUGUUUUUGAAAAGGAGGCAAUAGCUUCAUUGUAAUUCAUGUACGCAUUCAAGAACUAUUUUUGUGUUCAUAUGGCCUACAAACAGUCUUUUUGUACAAGAAAUACAGAACGUACUGUGUUUUCAAAAUAUUACCAAAUGCCUUAAGUUGAUAUAAUAGUUGUUAAAAAUAUGUUAAACUUUAUAUGUCCUCAAGGUCUGUGGCUGAUUUCAAUCUUCUCAGUUUGUAUGCAAACUUAUCUCAGGUAAUUUGAGUACCUUACUAUUUGAAGUUGGAAGAAAUGAUUUCAAUAUAACUGGAACAGCGGACGUUUCCUUUACGAGUAGACGUGGAGAUUCACAGGCAUGUUGGCCAUGUACAUUUCAUUCCAAACCCUUAACCAAUUCUGUCUGAAUUAAACUGUUCACAUAA